CCCAGUCGACUACCCCCAUUUUCUCCCCCCUUCCCUUGUGAAAUCAGAUUCUCAAAUGAGUCAAAUCUCAAAUCCCUACCCAGCCACACUCUGCCGACUGGCACCCACCACAAUCAACAUCGUUGCAGCUCGAACCUCCUGACGCCAUCGCAGACUCCGUCGCCAUUGCAAACUCCGUCGAACUCUUUCCCGUGUGUUGUCUAGAGGUUAAAGGGUUCACCCCUGGGUACGAGGCGUGACAUUACUAGUUUUAACGAUCUCUAGUCCAUGAGUUAUUGGCUUCAUUGAUCUACAAAACCAUGAAGCUUAUUGCGCUUGCAAGAUCCAUUCGUGUUCAUCGCAUACUGCCUGAAGGAACUGGGCCUUUGCAGUUCCGUUACUUCCAGUCUGAUUUUGUUCCCAGAGAUCCCAAGGCCAAGCCGAAAAGGUUCAAAUAUCCACCAUCCUAUGACCCCUAUGGCCCUAGACCCCCACCCUCUGAGAAAAUUAUUAAUCUUUCUGAACGGAUUGUGGCACUAUCCCCUGAAGACCGCAGACAAAUUGGUCCCACUCUCAGCAACAAGCUAAGGCUUCCAAAGCUGCAGCCAGUUUCAGUGGAAGGUAUUGACUUGGGCACACAGGGAGGAGCUGCUGGAUCUGCAAAGGCUGAGGAGAAGAAGGCCGAGAAAACAGCAUUUGAUGUGAAGUUGGAGAAGUUUGAUGCAGCUGGCAAAAUCAAGGUAAUCAAAGAAGUCAGGGCUUUUACUAGUCUGGGAUUGAAAGAGGCGAAAGACCUGGUUGAGAAGGCUCCCGUUUUGCUUAAGCAAGGGGUCACCAAGGAGGAGGCAAAUGACAUAAUAGAGAAACUAAAGGCUGUCGGAGGAGUUGCGAGUAUGGAAUAGAAUUCCGGGGUGUUUUGAUUGGUUUCUGGGAUUUUGGAAAGUUUCGGAUAUUUAAAAAUAUCAAUUUUGUAAUGCGGAUGGAUAGCCAUCAAAAGAGCUUUUUGGAGAAUAAUUUAUAGUUGAACUUAUUAAGUUGUGCUUGAUUUGAAUAGAGGCCGGUUGAGCAUUUUUUGUUUUGACGUUGAGAUGAGUUUAAUUGAACUGUGAAUAAUA